UUUCCGCUUCCUCUCACGCUUUCUUUCUGGUUGCAUCAGUUCCUUUUUACUCUCUGUGUAGCUGGGGAAAUCAAUACAUUGGUCAUGGUGGAGCCAGUUCCUGAAUCCAUCCACUUUCCCUCUGAGGAGGAGAGGAUCCUGCAGCUUUGGAAGGACAAAGACUGUUUCCAGGAGUGUCUCAAACAGUCUAAGAACAGGCCCAAAUACACGUUUUACGAUGGCCCCCCAUUUGCCACUGGUCUCCCUCACUACGGUCACAUCUUAGCAGGGACCAUCAAGGACAUCGUGACCCGCUUUGCCCACCAGAGUGGUUUCCACGUGGACCGUCGGUUCGGCUGGGACUGUCACGGCCUGCCCGUGGAGUAUGAGAUUGAUAAGACCCUGGACAUCAAGGGGCCGGACGAUGUGAACAAGAUGGGCAUUGCUGAAUACAACAGGCAGUGUAGGAUGAUUGUGAUGAGAUACGCUACUGAGUGGGAGAACUCUGUGAACAGGAUGGGGCGGUGGAUUGACUUCAAGAACGACUACAAGACUCUGUACCCCUGGUUCAUGGAGACAGUCUGGUGGGUGUUCAGGCAGCUGUAUGAUAAAGGCCUGGUGUACCGGGGGGUGAAGGUGAUGCCCUUCUCUACCGCCUGCAACACGCCGCUGUCCAACUUCGAGUCAAACCAGAAUUAUAAGGAUGUGCAGGACCCAUCAGUGAUAGUGAACUUCCCUCUCAUCGAGGAUGAAAAUGUGUGCCUGAUUGCCUGGACAACCACCCCCUGGACGCUGCCUAGCAACCUGGCCCUCUGUGUCAACGCAGAGCUUCAGUAUGUCAAGGUCAAAGACAACAGCACUGACAAGGUGUAUAUUAUGAUGGAGGCUAGGCUGGUAGCCCUCUUCAAGACUGAAGCUGAAUACACCAUUCUGGACCGAUUCCCUGGGAAGACACUGAAGGGAAAAAAGUACAAGCCUCUGUUUGAGUACUUUAGCAAGUGUGUUGAGACCGGAGCCUUCCAGGUGGUGCUGGAUAACUACGUCAGGGAGGAGGAGGGCACUGGAGUGGUACACCAGGCACCAUACUUUGGCGCUGAUGAUUACCGUGUGUGCACGGAAUACAACAUCAUCCGGAGAGACCAGGCUCCCAUCUGCCCCGUGGACGCCUCCGGGUGCUUCACCGCCGAAGUCACCGACUUUGUGGGACAGUAUGUCAAGGAUGCCGACAAGAACAUCAUCAGGUGGCUGAAAGAACAUGGUCGUCUGGUGAACGCCAGCUCCUUUAAGCACAGCUACCCAUUCUGUUGGAGGUCGGACACCCCUCUGAUCUACAAGGCUGUCCCCAGCUGGUUCAUCCGGGUGGAACACAUGGUGGAAAAGCUGCUGGAAAACAAUGACAAAUGCUACUGGGUUCCUGAGUUUGUACGUGAGCGUCGUUUUGGUAACUGGCUCAGGGAGGCGCGUGAUUGGGCUGUUUCCAGGAACCGCUACUGGGGCACACCCAUUCCCCUCUGGUGCAGUGACGACUUUGAGGAGGUGGUGUGUGUGGGGUCCAUGGCUGAACUGGAGGAGCUGACGGGAGUCAAAGUAACCGAUCUCCAUCGAGAGAGCAUCGACCAGCUGACCAUCCCGUCUCGCUGUGGGAAGGGCGAUCUCAGGAGGGUCACGGAGGUGUUUGACUGCUGGUUCGAGUCCGGCAGCAUGCCCUACGCUCAGGCCCACUACCCCUUUGAAAACCGCAAGGAGUUUGAAGACACCUUCCCAGCUGACUUCAUUGCUGAGGGCAUCGACCAGACCAGAGGAUGGUUCUACACUCUCUUGGUGCUCUCCACGGCUCUGUUUGGAAAACCACCGUUCAAGAAUGUCAUCGUCAAUGGACUGGUGCUGGCCAGCGAUGGACAGAAGAUGAGUAAACGUAAGAAGAACUACCCAGACCCAGGUGUGGUGGUGAAGAACUAUGGCGCUGAUGCCCUGAGGCUCUACCUGAUCAACUCCCCAGUAGUUAGAGCUGAGAACCUGCGUUUUAAAGAGGAAGGAGUCAGAGAUGUUCUGAAGGAUGUCUUCCUCCCCUGGUACAAUGCCUACCGUUUCCUGAUUCAGAACGUCCAGAGACUCCACAAGGAAGAGGGAAUUGCCUUCCUUUACAAUGAGAGCACAGCUAAGCACAGUGACAACAUCAUGGACAGGUGGAUUCAGUCCUUCACACAGUCCCUCAUCCAGUUCUUCAAGGCUGAGAUGGAUGCUUACAGACUUUACACAGUGGUGCCAAAGCUCGUCAAGUUUGUGGACAUGCUCACCAACUGGUAUGUGAGGACGAACCGCAGGCGUCUCAAGGGGGAGAGUGGGACUGAAGACUGUCUGUGGGCUCUGGAGUCUCUGUUCAGCGUUCUUUUCUCCAUGUGCCGGCUGAUGGCUCCCUUCACGCCCUUCAUUACAGAGAUGAUGUACCAAAACCUCCAGAAGCUGAUGGAUCCCGCCUCUGUGGAAGAGAAGGACUCCAGCAGCAUACACUACCUCAUGCUGCCACAAGUCAGGGAGUCUUUGAUUGACAAGCGUAUCGAGAGUGCUGUGUCCCAGAUGCAGUCUGUCAUCGAGCUCGGACGAGUCAUCAGGGACCGCAAGACGUUGCCAGUUAAGUACCCCCUGAAAGAGGUGGUCGUGAUUCAUCAGGAUCCAGAAGCUCUGAAAGAUAUCACCUCCCUGCAGAAAUACAUCCUGGAGGAGUUGAACGUCCGUCAGAUGACCCUGUCUACGGACAAAGACAAAUACGGCAUCCGGCUGAGGGCGGAGCCUGACCACAUGGUCCUAGGCAAAAGGCUGAAGGCAGCAUUCAAGUCCAUCACUGCCUCUAUCAAGGAACUGACGAGUGAACAGCUGGAGGUCUUUAAGAAGACAGGCUCCAUCAUAGUGGACGGUCACGAGCUUCAUGAUGAGGAUCUGAGGCUGAUGUACACCUUCGACCAGAACGCAGGGUCUGCAACGCAAUACGAAGCUCACUCUGAUGCUCAGGUGCUGGUUCUGUUGGACGUCACCCCAGACCAGUCCAUGCUGGAUGAGGGUGUGGCUCGUGAGGUCAUCAACCGCAUCCAGAAACUACGCAAGAAGGGUCACCUGGUUCCGUCGGAUGAGAUCACGGUAUACUACAGCUGUGAGCCGGUGGGUGACUACUUGGACCAGGUGAUUCUGGCCCACACAGACUUCAUCCUGGCCACUACCAAAGCACCGCUGAAAACCUACCCCGUCCCCGCAGGCUCCAGUAUAAUUGUGCAGGAGAAGACACAGUUGAAGGGUUCAGACCUGGACCUGACCAUAGUGAAGGGAGCAGCCGUCUGUAGAGCGCCUAUGACCGGCCCUGCAUGUGCCUAUGUCAACGUCCAUCUCAAACUUAACAACAAGGAACAAGAGGGUGUGGUCCUCUUGGAGAACCCCAAAGGAGACAACCAGCUGGACAUGUCCAAGCUGAGACAGGUCUGUUCCUGUGUCUUUGGUCUCAACAACACCAAGUUCUCUGUCUUCAACGGCCACACAGAGCUGACUGGUACGUCUGACCUCCUGUCCCUGAAUGGGAAAACUCUAUCUGUGACAUCAGGCUCCUCCCUCAGCUCCUCCCCCAGCUCUGACUCCUCCCUGGUCUGUCCCUACGUCAACCUCCAACUAGCCAACUGUCAGCCUGCUGAGUGUCAGAGUGGGGAUGUUGGGACCCUCCUCCUUGUCAACCCUGUUGGACCCAACAACCUGAGCCACGAUGCAUUGCUGUCUGAGACUGCCAAGGUGUUCGGACUCCGCAGUCGUCGGCUUAAGCUCUACCUGGAUGACGCCCUCACCCAGGAACUUCCAACCGAGUUGUCCGUGAAGACGCUGGACGGGAAGACGUUGUAUGUUCGUGUUCUGCCCACCACUGCAGAUGCAUAGGACCUGAAACUGUCAGACCCUAGGGGACACAGCCUCUGAAAUGGCAGCCUGUUACUUAUAUAGUGCACUGUUUUUGACCAGGGCCCAUGGUGCUCUAGUGCACUUCACAGGGAAUAGGGAACCAUUUCAGAAAGUCCAAAGGACUCUGUGCCUCCAAACUUCAAUUCAACCAGGAAGUCAAUAGUUCAUGCUUCUCAUCCCUUGUAUCUCUUUGACUGUUCUAUUCAUACUUUAGUCCAAUCCCUACUGACGAUUGAUAAUUGAAACAAACUGAGUUUGGUGCCCUUGGUCUAGGUCAGCCAGCUAUGUUAGCAGCCAGUACCAAUUUGAGCUUUCAGUGGGAAACAAACCAUGUUCAGUACCUAAAGUAUUGUAACUAAAUGUGUCAGAGGAAGAACAAUGGAAAAUGUGCUAUUUUUUUGUGAAAUAAAGGAACCAAGGAAAAAAGUUAAUUGAAACCACAAUUGAGAAAUCACGUUUGUGUAUCUUCCUUUCUUAUCUGUGUGGCCCAGUAAUUGCUUUAGUUCAUUGACAUUAAAGUAUCUGUCAUUCAUU